AUGGCUCUCUUCAAUACCCCAUCAUCAUCUCUUUUGAAGGCACAAGCUUUCUUUACUAAUCCCAAGAAAAUUUCACCUUUCUUGAUCACUGUUUCUUGCUCAAAAUCACCACCAGAGCCAACAUCAUCACCAUCUCCUGUUGAUGAUAGUGGUGGAAAUGAAAGGCCACAGAAGAGAUUAUCACAGCAAUCAUCAUGGGAAGCUAAGGAUUCAGAGGGAAAAGACUAUCUGUACAGGCUAGGAAAAGAAGCUGAUAACAUGAAUAUUGCAGUUGGAGCUAGGGCUGGUGUUGUUGAUUCUCUUUUUGCUGGCAAUUUUCUUGGCAAAGACUCUGAUAUUGUGUUUGAUUACCGUCAAAAAGUGACAAGGUCAUUUGAGUAUCUUAAAGGCGAUUAUUACAUUUCUCCUUUGUUCCUGGAUAAAGUUGUGUGCCACAUUGUGAAGAACUACCUAGCUCAUCUUCUCAAUGUCAAAGUUCCUUUGAUCCUAGGUAUUUGGGGAGGAAAAGGGCAAGGAAAAUCAUUUCAGACCGAACUUAUUUUUCAAACCAUGGGAGUUGAACCUGUAAUUAUGUCUGCAGGAGAAUUGGAAUCAGAAAAAGCUGGAGAACCUGGAAAAUUGAUCAGAGAACGCUAUAGAACUGCUUCCCAAGUGGUCCAGAACCAAGUUAGAAGCUUUAUCACUCUCACUGUUGGUAUAUUUGAUGCUUUGGGAAAGAUGAGUUGUCUGAUGAUCAAUGACCUUGAUGCUGGCCUUGGUAGAUUUGGAAAUACUCAAAUGACAGUCAACAAUCAGAUUGUUGUGGGCACCCUAAUGAAUUUGUCAGAUAAUCCUACUAGGGUUAGUAUUGGACAAGAUUGGCAGCCUAACCGAGAAGAUAUUGUAAAUAUUGUUCACAGAAUGUAUGAGAAGGAUGGCAUAUCCAGAGAUGAGGUUUUGAGCAUUGUGAACACAUUUUCUAAUCAAGCUUUGGAUUUCUAUGGAGCUCUUAGGUCCCGAACAUAUGACAGGUCAAUUUCUAAGCCUAGAUGGGAAAGUGGCUUGAGGGUAUUAGGUCACUGUGAAAUGUUGAUAUUAAGAUUGCUUUCGAGACAGAAAUCUGGGGAGUGGGUCGAAGAUAUUGGAGGUAUUGAAAAUCUUGGUAAACAACUUCUGAAGCGAAAAAGGAUGAGAAACUCCGUGUGUUUACUCCCCCAGAGGUAG